AUGGCACACCGAGCAAAGAUGGCACACCAAGCAAAGUUGGCACACCAAGCAAAGAUGGCACACCAAGCAAAGAUGGCACACCAAGCAAAGAUGGCACACCAAGCAAAGAUGGCACACCAAGCAAAGAUGGCACACCAAGCAAAGAUGGCACACCAAGCAAAGAUGGCACACCAAGCAAAGAUGGCACACCAAGCAAAGAUGGCACACCAAGCAAAGAUGGCACACCAAGCAAAGAUGGCACACCAAGCAAAGAUGGCACACCAAGCAAAGAUGGCACACCAAGCAAAGAUGGCACACCAAGCAAAGAUGGCACACCAAGCAAAGAUGGCACACCAAGCAAAGAUGGCACACCAAAGCACAGCUAGCAAGGUUGGCGCACCAAGCGGGGACGGCGCACCAGGCGGGGACGGCACACCAGGCGGGGACGGCACACCAGGCGGGGACGGCACACCAGGCGGGGAAGGCACACCAGGCGGGGACGGCACACCAGGCGGGGACGGCACACCAGGCGGGGACGGCACACCAGGCGGGGACGGCACACCAGGCGGGGACGGCACACCAGGCGGGGACGGCACACCAGGCGGGGACGGCACACCAGGCGGGGACGGCACACCAGGCGGGGACGGCACACCAGGCGGGGACGGCACACCAGGCGGGGACGGCACACCAGGCGGGGACGGCACACCAGGCGGGGACGGCACACCAAGCGGGGACGGCACACCAAGCGGGGACGGCACACCAAGCGGGGACGGCACACCAAGCGGGGACGGCACACCAAGCGGGGACGUCACACCAAGCGGGGACGUCACACCAAGCGGGGACGUCACACCAAGCGGGGACGUCACACCAAGCGGGGACGGCACACCAAGCGGGGACGGCACACCAUGCGGGGACGGCACACCAUGCGGAGACGGCACACCAGGCGGUGACGGCACACCAGGCGGGGACGGCACACCAUGCGGGGACGGCACACCAGGCGGUGACGGCACACCAGGCGGGGACGGCACACCAGGCGGGGACGGCACACCAGGCGGGGACGGCACACCAGGCGGGGACGGCACACCAGGCGGGGACGGCACACCAGGCGGGGACGGCACACCAGGCGGGGACGGCACACCUGGCCGGGACGGCACACCUGGCGGGGACGGCGCACCAGGCGGGGACGGCGCACCAGGCGGGGACGGCGCACCAGGCGGGGACGGCCCACCAGGCGGGGACGGCACACCAGGCGGGGACGGCACACCAGGCGGGGACGGCACACCAGGCGGGGACGGCACACCAGGCGGGGACGGCACACCAGGCGGGGACGGCACACCAGGCGGGGACGGCACACCAGGCGGGGACGGCACACCAGGCGGGGACGGCACACCAGGCGGGGACGGCACACCAGGCGGGGACGGCACACCAGGCGGGGACGGCACACCAGGCGGGGACGGCACACCAGGCGGGGACGGCACACCAGGCGGGGACGGCACACCAAGCGGGGACGGCACACCAAGCGGGGACGGCACACCAAGCGGGGACGGCACACCAAGCGGGGACGGCACACCAAGCGAGGACGGCACACCAAGCGGGGACGUCACACCAAGCGGGGACGUCACACCAAGCGGGGACGUCACACCAAGCGGGGACGGCACACCAAGCGGGGACGGCACACCAUGCGGGGACGGAUGGCACACCAUGUGA